ACAGAGGAGGGACAAAGAGUAGGAGAGGGAGAGUGAGUCAUAAAUGCAAUAAUUACAGUUUAGGUAGAAAUAAGCAACGCACUCUGGUCUCACUGGCUGCCAGCGUAGCUAACAACAGCACAGAAUGGAGAGGACCUAAGCAACAUUGAUCUUUUUGUUUUGUUGAUUACACUACAAUUCACUGCUCUUGCUUAGGAUUUCGUUUUGUUGUUGUUGUUGUUGUUUUUUGUUUCUUUUUAAUGAAUACAGUCACGGAAACCAAUCAUUUCUCAAGAUGGAUUUUCUUCUGGAUUCUGGCUGAUUAGGAUGGAUUAUUGUCACACUGUUUCCUCCAAGUCUUACUGAAUUUUCUUAGCACACUGAGAAAUCGUGGAUACAUUCACCAUGUCUGUGGCUGCCCUGUUUCGGGGCAAGUGGGGGGCAAAAUCCCAGGAGAGCCCUGACAAGCAUCCGACCACUGUGGCCCUACACAGACAUGAGGAGGACUAUGAUGAUGAUGACGAUGAUGAAUCCAGGGUGGGUUUUAGCAGAGAGCCUAUUCGGAGAAACUCUCGCUUUUACCGUUCAAUGAGGAGAAAGAGAAUGGGUGCCUCUGAAAACUCAGAAAGUUCUCCUAAAUCUGGAGUGGACAACAACACACCAACAAACUCUUAUUCUAAUACUCCAUCCCAUAAAUCACCUGAACUGUCUACGGCUGGUCGACCUGUGUUGCCAAGCAAUGGUGAGGCCAGCAGCAGAUAUUAUUCUUUGUGCAACAAGGAUGCUGUGAAUAAGGGAAAAGGGAGUGUGGGAGGAGGGAGCGUGGACAUAUCUGCUACCCCCAACCACCACAACAGUGCUUUAACAGACGACUCAAUCUCAUACCGGACUCACAGCAUUCAGAGUGGAGACAUUAAAAAGCUGUCUGAGCAAACAACCGCAGCCUGCACUGUACGCGACAUUGGAAGUACCAUGAGUUCGGGAAUGCCUAGCCCUGAGGGAGCUGACCGGGAUAACUUCAACCACAGGUUGCUGAGCAAUGGAGCUUACUCUAAGACAAUCAGUCACAGCCUGAACAUUGUCAAAAACAUUGCCUUCUUGUAUCAGGAAUACAGAGAUACAUCUAAGAAGCAGGAGAUUGAGCAAAGGCGCCAGCGUGAGAAUCGCUUCCCUUCCACCAUGUUGGCAGGAUCCAAUGUCUCAUCACCUCCAGCAUUACAAUUACAGCUGAGAAACAAUGCCCGUGCACUGACCUUGUGGCAGAACCUAGACGUGGUGCAAACCAGUGGACUACUUACCCAGUUGCCACAAAAAGAAAUUAUAAUGCAAGAGGCCAUGUUUGAACUUAUUACUUCGGAGGCAUCCUACUACAAGAGUUUGGAGAUUUUAGAAACGCACUUCCUUCGUAACCCUUCUUUAAUCAACACUCUCAGCCAAUCUGAUAUGCACUUUCUGUUCUCCAACAUCGAAGAAGUUAUGAAAGCCAGUGAACGGUUCCUGAUGGAUCUCGAACACCGAAUCGAGAAGUCAAUUUUGAUUUCGGAUGUGUGUGACAUUGUUUGCAACCAUGCUGUUGAGCACUUCAGUGUCUUCAUCAAGUACGUCAUUAACCAGGUGUACCAGGAGAAGAACUACAGGCGAAUUUUAGAGGGAAACCAGGCAUUUCGGGAGACCAUGGCAGGAUUGGAGAACCAUCCAUGUGUCAGAGGGCUGUCCUUUACAUCAUUCCUCAUCCUUCCCUUUCAGAGGAUCACAAGGCUCAAGUUGCUUGUUCAAAAUAUCCUGAAAAAUGUUGACGAACACUCUGAGAGGGAAGCAAAUGCAAUAAAAGCUCACCAACGACUGGAGCAGAUUGUGAAAGAGUGUAACGAGGGCGUCCGAAAAAUGAGUCGUACAGAGGAGCUUAUCAGCAUUGAAAAGACAUUAGAGUUUAAAUCCAAGUCUGUGCCCAUCAUCUCCCACUCCCGCUGGCUGCUCAAGAAGGGUGAGAUGCAGCUCAUGGCGGGACCCAAGAGCACCAGGACAUUGCGAAGUCGUAAGCUCUACCAACCCGUCGUCUUGUUUCUCUUCAACAACCUGUUGCUGGUCACCAAGCGCAGCUCGAGUGGGGAAAAGUUUCAGGUUCUUGACUCCUGCACACGGGCUAUGCUGAGGACUGAAGAUCUUGAGGAUCAAGGCCAGAUGCUGGCCUAUGUAUUUAAUCUUAGAUUGCUAGAGAACCAAGAGGACCGUCAAGUCAGCUACAUGCUCAAGACCUCAAGCAUGAGUGAUAAGCUUCGAUGGAUGUGCACGCUGACUCCAAACCCGCGCACUCGCUUUAUGUCGACAAGCGCACACCAAUCAGACUCUUUGCAGGUGCAGUGUAUUCAGUCUUACUCCUCUCAGGAGCCAGAUGAACUCUCCAUUGAAAUGGCUGAUGUUUUGAAUCUCUUGGAGAGGACAGAUGAUGGCUGGAUGAUGGGGGAAAGGCUACACGAUGGCGAAAGAGGAUGGUUCCCAAGUCGACUUGUGGAGGAGAUCCAGAGUCAGGAGGUACGGGCUCAGAACCUGAGAGAGGCACUCAAGGUUCAUCACGCUCAAGAAGGAGGCGGAGCACUGCAAAGUGGAGCAAGGAUUGGCUCAAGAGGGGGCAGACACAUGCCAAAAGUCUACAACCUCUUCAGUUCGUGGAAUGAUCCAAUAGGAAAGAAGUAAAGCAGAGCGCUUGAAGCUGCAUGUGCAAAAGCAUCGAGUCCUUUAGAUCUUGAACUAUGGGCAGAUGACUUUCAAGCUUCACUGUUCUCACUCGCCUCUUUUACACCGAGAAAACGUAAAAAUUGACGCAUCAGAGCCAUAAUAGAAGAGCUGACAUUUAUCCACCUUUUCUUUUUACGGAGAAACCAGCAAAGGCAGGAUAUUGCUGCAACGGUGUAGUUUUUCACACAGCGAGAAGGCUUCCCCUAAUCAGAUAAUUAGAUGAUGUCUGGUGUCAUGUUAAAACAUUAGACAAUUGAUGAGGCUAAGCUGUAUAGAAAAUGGAUGGAUGGACAAAAGGGCAGUAAAAGUGAAUAUCAGUUGUCUACUUCACAGCCCUGCAGAAUUCCCUUAUAGGCCCACCACACCAUGUGAUGCAGCUGAACCCGACUGGAAUGGGCCAUCGCAAAAAAAUGACAGUUGGCGACUCACACCUGCACAUUGAGCAAUUGUAUCUAUUGAUGCGCUGUGACAGAAGCUUCACAUAUAGUAUAUUGUACUGUAUCACUUGUAUUAACCCAUCAAAUAAUUGUGUGAUGGUCAAGGUUGCUGCAAAGAGAGGAAGUGGGUGAGAUUAAAGCAGAGUGUGGAUAUUUGCAGAGGCUGUCUUGCCUGACUGUAUCCGACUGUACCCGAUGCUCUACGUGCAGAUCUCUCUCUCUCCAGGUCUCUCUCUCUCUCUCUCUCUCUCUCUCUCUCUCUAUAUAUAUAUAUAUAUAUAUAUAUAUAUAUAUAUAAACAAAAGGGAGUUUGGCGUUCCAAUUGGACAAUACUUCCUGUCCAUUAAGUCUGAAGUCUGUUAAAUCGUCGUCCGUUAAAUCGAGGUUGCACUAUACAGUAUACUGUAUUUGUAUGGCUCGGCGGCGUCGUGGCGGCAGGCUGGGUCUAGCUAUCUUAAAACCCCGAAAUGUAUUGUUUGCAUGUGUGAAGGCUCAUGUGCAUUUUGAUUGGCUGUUACAUCGGCGAUGUUGCGACAGCGUGCAACGGCAAAUCACUGCAAAACCAGUGGUCCACUGUCAGCCAAUCAUGAAACCUUGUUGCCGAACCCAGCACACUGCGGGUUCGGCUACAUCGCUCGGUAUACGCAGGCUUCUGUUAUGACUCUGAUACUACCUGCAAAUGUGGAAUAUUGCCAAGAUUACUUGGUCCCUCCUCAUUCCAUCUCAGAGCCGUUUAUUCACGGAAUUU